AUGGAGGAGGAUCAUCAUACUCCGGAUUACGAAGACCACUACCAUGGUGAUCAACCUGAAGCUCAUGUAGAGGUACAAGCCUCAGAUAUUAGUGACGCUGCUGCAAACUACGACCAAAACCAACAGCAACAACAGCAGCAGCCACCUCAAUAUCAGCCACAACCUCCACCACAAGGAGGCCAACAACAACCGCAGUUCUUCCAGCAGCAGCAGCAGCCACAGCUGCGUCAGCCACCUGUACAAUUCCCACCACAACAACCACCACAAGGUCCACCGCGGCCAAUCCAAUACUUGGCUCCACAGCAGCCUCGUCCCCCUCCACAACAGUUCCCACCACAAAGUCCUCCUCAGUUUCAAGCUCAGCAGCCUCCUUAUAAGCCACCUCAACAGUUUCCACCACAGAAUGGCACGCCAAACCAACAGAACCACCCUUUUGGACAACCACCUCCUCCGGCCAAAUAUCCUCCCCAACCACCUUCUCCGGUAAAAUAUCCUCCACAAUCUCCGGCGCAAUAUCCUCCUCCUGCAGGAGGUUCAUCUCAGCCUCCUCAAGGCUACAACGGCAUCCCCCAACCUGCAAAGCAGAAUCAGACGCCACCUCCGGUGCAAGUUGGCUAUAAUAAGCCGCAGCAGCCACCCCAACAGUACUACCAGCAGCAACAAUACCAACCACAGCAGAAUCAUUAUGCGGCUCCUCCUGCUCCGGCUCAAGGAGUUCCAAUGCAGGGCCCUUACGGUCCGCAGGGAACACCUAUGACUAUGAAUAUGAUGAACCCGAUUGGCACUGAAGGUUGGAAAACUGGGCUCUUUGACUGCAUGGAUGAUCCUAAUAAUGCUCUCAUAACGUUAUUCGUACCAUGCUUGACAUUCGGCCAGAUAGCAGAAGUUGUGGAUAACGGCACUACCUCAUGUGGUACGAGUGCAUUGCUAUACGGCUUGGUUGGAGCCUUCAUCGGGGUGCCGUUCAUAAUGUCAUGCACCUACCGGACGAAGAUUCGGAGCAAGUAUGGGCUAGUUGAGACCCCUGCACCUGACUGGGUUACCCAUUUGUUUUGUGAGCCAUGUUCUCUUUGCCAAGAGUACAGAGAACUUAAUAUGAGAGGGCUAGACCCUUCUAUAGGAUGGCAAGGAAAUGUGGCAAGGGCCAUGCAGCAGCAACAACCUAAUAUGAUGACGCCUCCAAUGAACCAAAUGAUGAGGUGAUCGAUCAAUCGCGGUUGAUACUGCCGUUAAUUUCAGCAAAUGUUUAUGCCUCAAUUAAGGCCAAGAUAUAUCUUUUUCUUUUUUUUCAUGUGAUCGAUGUUUUCAUUUACUAAUACGUACUAAUAAGCUGAUGCCAUGUAUGAAAUUGUCGUGGUUCAUCCUUGUAUUAUUCUGAA